CUGUUUUAAUGGCCGGCCAACCUCUCUCUUUUCCUUUCAGAGAUGUUCCCGCGAGAAAGGACGGAUGAACAGACCCGGAAUUGAGAGGUCAACAAAUUCCAUUUUUAAUGCUCGGUAUGAACAAGAAAGCCCUGGCCAUUUUGAUGAGAACUAAAAUGAGACCUCUCUCCCCUGCAUCCCAGAGCAAAAUUAGCCAUAUGCAGCUUUCUCCUGGGGGAGGCAACAAAUUAUCUACUCAGAAUGCCAAUGCCCCGACCAACACUGAGAGAGAAUUUGAGGUUGUGAGAGAGUCAAUGAACUCAGCCAUAACAAUGAACAAGACAGAAGUUCUAGAUGCCUUGCUAAAUGACUUUUCGGAGGGUUAUUUUAGCCUUUUGGGAGAAAACCGCCGGAAAUUGCUCCUUACUCUUGCUAGAGAACAUGAUCUUAACAGGACACAGGUUCAUGAGUUGAUUAAGCAAUAUCUUGGGCUUGAGAUACCCCAUGCUGAACCUACUAACCACGAAGAGGAAAGCCGUCUUGCUGCUUUCUACAGAGUAGAGCGGAAUUUGAGACUAGCUCUAAAGCCAAUGUAUGAAGUUUUAUUUGAACGGCUUAACACGCACCCUGGAGGGUUGAAGUUCUUGUCGAUUAUUCGAGCCGAUAUUGUAUCUAUUCUCGAGGAGGAGAGUAUUGCAUCUUUGCGAGCACUAGAUUCCUACUUAAAAGAGAAGCUCAUUACAUGGCUCAGUCCUGCUGCCCUAGAGCUUCACCAAAUCACAUGGGAUGAUCCUGCUUCUUUGUUGGAGAAAAUAGUGGCAUAUGAGGCAGUUCACCCAAUCAGCAAUCUUAUAGAUCUUAAACGAAGGCUGGGAGUUGGUCGCCGAUGUUUUGGAUAUCUACAUCCAGCAAUACCUGGUGAACCACUAAUCUUUAUUGAAGUUGCACUUAUGAAGAAUGUGGCUCAGACAAUUCAGGAAGUUUUGUGGGAUGAUCCCCCAAUACCUGAAUGUGAGGCAACUUGUGCAUUAUUUUACUCCAUAUCAUCAACUCAGCCUGGCUUGAAAGGUAUCAACCUUGGAAAGUUUCUUAUUAAACGUGUGAUUGAUCUGGUAAAAAAAGACAUGCCAAAAAUAUCUACAUUUGCAACACUCAGCCCUAUCCCAGGUUACAUGCAAUGGCUCCUAUCUAAGUUGGCCUCAGCAGAAAGAUCUGGUUCCACCUUCAGAGAGAACAUACUUGAACCAGAAGAGGAAAGAUCACUUUUGGAUGUGCUUCAGGAGUCUGCUGAUGGGAAAAAUGCUAUGGAAAUAAUGUGGAACUUGUUGACAUCAACCAACCACGAGUGGACUAAAUCAGAGAGACUGAUAUCAGUAUUGGAAGCCCCUCUGAUGCGAUUGUGUGCCAGGUAUCUUCUGAAAGAAAAGAAGAGAGGAAGAGCUCUAGAUUCUGUUGCUAAUUUUCACUUACAGAAUGGAGCGAUGGUUGGAAGGCUUAAUUGGAUGGCAGAUCAAUCAGAGAAAGGGCUGCUUCAAAGUGGAGGAAUUAUGGUAAAUUAUGUCUAUAGGUUGGAGAAUAUUGAAGAGAAUGCUCAGUCAUAUUUUAGCACAGGGCACAUCCAAUCUUCUUGCGAUGUAAGUCGCUUUGUUGAGAUGGGAAGGAGUAUGAUGUAACAAGGGAUCAUAAUUUAGGCAGUAGCAGGAGAUUGAUACUCUAUCUCAUUGUUCAGGUAACAUCUCUAUUGGUCAAGAAUUCAAAACUUAUUUCUAUGAAUUUUAAUCUCACAUUCGCAACUGCACAAGAGAAUGGUGUAGACGGCAGAUGGACAGUUCAGUACACUUGGUGUAAUUUUCUACGAUAUAGCCAAUCAGAAAAAAGUUGUGCUUAGAAUGUGUGGGUAUGAUCGAGUAUCUGACCGUAGUCCGGGAUACCAACAAUGUACUGAAGGCCCAGGAUGCCGAAGGCAGAGGAGAAGAGAGCCCAAGGCAGAUCCGAGAGAGAGAGAGAGAGAGUGGCAGUAGGGCGACCAAGAGCAAUAGUGUAGUGUGUUGGACAAAGGCAAGGGUCCUUUACGUCAGAAAAAGAAGUUGCUUUCUUUUACUUGUCAGAAGAAGAAGUUGCUUUCUUUAUGAAUGUGACUCUCAUUUGGAUAAUGCGAUUGAGUACGUUACUAGGUUAUAUGCCAAUUCCUUGAGGAGUUACUUUUA